AUGAGCAGCAAAGAGUCCGUAACUUAUGGUAUCAAAGAUCAAUUGCACGCUUUUCAUCGAUAUGGGGAUCUUGCCCUUCUCUCAAAUGAAGGCAUAAUUUUCAAAGUUGACUCUAAGCGUCUCUCCGAUGUUAGCCAUGUUUUCAAAAGCAUGAUUGAGAUCGGGGCAGCCGGUGGUAUUUUAGGAGAGAAGAGGAAAAUCGAUCUUCGUCGACCUUUAGAAGUCGAUACAUCGUCGAGAGUACUCGAGGCCUUCAUGGAGAUGAUUACUGUGAUGAAUCCCCAACCUCCCAAACUCUACUUCUACGAUACCCUCCGUCUUUUCGAGUUUUGCGAUAAAUUUGACAUUUCCUCACCUGUCUAUAGUUUGGUGAAAAAAAGUCUAACUCAUAGAGCGAAAAAAGGUGGUCAAUGGUGUUUAUUGAUAUGGUCAGCUGAAAGAAAUGACCAUCAUAUGGUCAAGAUAGCUUUGCAAAUCAUGACAGAUUCUCGUUUUCUCAAUCCCCGGCUUCCUAUCGAAAGGUCUGACGAUCCUUCUUAUGUGUGGAAAAGCGUCGGGUUUUGGGAGAUGAUGAAAAGAUUACCAGAUAAUUGGCAAAUGAACCUCUUAGAACUCACAUUGAAGCCAGAACGCGUAGAAGCAUAUAGAGGAUAUUCGCUCACAAAUGCCAAUGCUUUACGAGUAUCAUGCAACUGGCAGCAGGUCGCGGAAUCCUUUAUACCUAAAAGAUAG